CAAAAAUAUCAUCAAUCAUGGGAGAUUCUGAUAAUGGUCAAGAGAACAGCGCGCUCUCUUCUUCCAGAAAGCGAGUGGUGCUGGGUGAAAUUACCAACUUCUCCAACGUCGUAUGCCAACGACCAUUUAAAAGGAAGUACGGGAAAGAUUCCCAGCUCCAGUUGACGACUCGGGAGCGUAAUAAUAGAUUGAAGAAGGAAAAUGAAGAGGGCAUUAAACAGGAGGAGAGCAAUGAGAGCUCCAGUGCUUCCCGUAAAUGUGGUUAUCCUUCUUCUAUAUAUGAACAUCUUCGAUCCUUGGAGAUAGAGGACAAGAGGAGGCCAUUGGCUAAUUACAUGGAAAAAGUUCAGACUGACAUUUCAGUGAAUAUGCGAAAAAUUCUAGUGGAUUGGUUGGUUGAAGUUGCAGAAGAAUACAAGCUUGUAUCUGACACCCUUUAUGUUGCUGUAGCAUAUGUUGACAGAUUCCUUUCUUUCCAAGCUCUCACCAGGAACAAGCUACAGCUUCUUGGAGUUUGUUGCAUGCUUAUCGCCUCGAAGUAUGAAGAGAUCAUUCCUCCACAUGUUGAAGACUUUUGCUAUGUAACAGAUAAUACCUACACAAAGGAAGAGGUGGUAGAGAUGGAGGAAGAAGUGCUCAAGUUUUUGAACUUUGAAGUGAGUACUCCCACGAUAAAGAAUUUUCUCAGGGUAUUCACAGGAGUUACACAACAGAAUUGCAAAAAGCCAGAUUUACAGUUUGAAUUCCUAGGCUGUUAUCUUGCGGAGCUAAGUUUAUUAGAUUAUAGUUGUCUGCGGUACUUGCCUUCACUAAUUGCUGCAUCAGCUAUCUUCCUUUCAAGAUUUACGAUCCAACCAGAAAUACAUCCUUGGAAUACGCUGUUGCAAAGCUUUUCUGGUUAUAAACCAUCCGACUUGAAGGAAUGUGUCCUUGCCAUUCAUGACUUGCAUUUGAACAGGAGAGGAAGGUCUCUGCCUGCAGUCAGAGAGAAAUACAUGCAACGCAAGUUUAAGCUCGUAGCGAAACUAUCUUCCCCCUCUGAAGUGCCUGCACGUUAUUUUGAGGCCAUAGAUGAGUAAACUAUCAACAAGAUUUUCUGAGAAGUGGACUCCACUGAAGUUCGAAAUGGUGUUGUUGAUAAGUUCCUUCUGACUGAUAGCAGUAAGUUUUUUUCUUUUUGGUCUUGCUCAAUGUGAUGGUGUUAUAAUUCAACCACUGGUUGAUUGAGCUCGCUUUUAAGCUCAGGUGCCGGUUAAAAUCACAGGCAGCAAGUUGGCUUUUGACGAACAAUGAGAUUAUUAGUUCUAUGUUUAAAAAAAAAAAAAAAAAUUGUACAUCAUUGUCGAUCUUAAUGGUUUGGCGGAAGAAUGUGGUUCCUCUGGGGAUAUUAUUAUUGCUUUUGGU